AUGUGGAUUCUCUCGUUCUGGAUUUUCCCCGUGAUAUCCGGGUGCAUGUGGAUAGCUACGUUAGUAGCCCUGCUGUCAGCCUGGGCGGCGGAUGGAAAGCCAAGAUAUACCACCUUGAGCGAUGGGCAAAGCAUUCCUUACAUUUCCCAUAUCGGAGCCGAGGGACUCAAACCACUGUUCAUUGCAGGCAGUGUAGUAACAGUCGUAUUCAUUGAUCUCUCUCUCCUCUCUGAGCGUUGGCUUCGCCAUGCCGGCCAACUCGCCCGAAACAAGGGGAGGUUCGACAAGGCCUGUGCUGUUGGAUCGAUUUUUUUCUCGAUUUCUGGGGCUUUAGGUCUUAUUCUUCUGUCCAUCUUCGACACAAAGCACCACCACAAACUCCACAACGGGUUUUUGGGUAUGUUUAUAGCGAGCUAUGUGAUCUGCGCCCUCCUCGUGUGUCUGGAAUACAUCCAAAUCGGCCGAUUCUACCAUCCACAAGCCCGGAUCUUAAUAGUCAGCUUCGCCAUCAAAGCUCUUUUCGUUGUCUGCGAACUCGCUGUCGUGAUUGCAUUUGGCGUAUGCAUGAAAUCUGGAAAUAAGAACGCAGCAGCUAUUUUGGAAUGGGUUGCCGCCCUUAUAUUCGCAUUCUUUGUCUUUUCUUUUGUCAUUGAUCUCCUGCCGUCUGUUCGUACUAAGCGACGCGUUCCUCAGGGCGAAAAGUAUACUUGGCCAGGGGUGCAGGAUCGACGAAUUGACUUUUAG